AUGUCGAGCACACUUCUUCGCCAAAGCGCUCUGCGCACUGCCAUUCGGUCGGCUGCCCCAUCGACCACAAAGCGAGCUGCUCUUGCCAGCACCACAUUCACACGAGGGAAGGCUACGCUGCCAGAUCUGCCUUACGGCUAUGGCGCCCUUGAGCCAGCCAUCUCUGGCCAGAUCAUGGAGCUGCACCACUCCAAGCACCACAACACCUACGUUACCUCCUACAACACCCAGAUCGAGAAGCUACAAGAGGCACAGCAGAAGGGCGAUAUCCAGCAACAAAUUGCGAUCCAGCCAUUGAUCAACUUCCACGGAGGCGGUCACACAAACCACACGCUCUUCUGGGAGAACCUCGCACCAAAGAACCAAGGCGGUGGUGAGCCACCAAGCGGCGCCCUGGCCAAGUCCAUCGAUUCGCACUUCGGCUCGCUCGACAACCUCAAGUCGCAAGUAAACACUGCUCUCGCAGGUAUCCAGGGCUCUGGUUGGGCAUGGCUGGUACAAGAUGUGAACACUGGCGCUAUUCAGGUCAAGACAUACGCGAACCAGGACCCAGUCGUUGGCCAGUUCCGACCGAUUCUCGGCAUCGACGCUUGGGAGCACGCAUACUACCUCCAAUACCAAAACCGCAAAGCAGAAUACUUCAGCGCCAUCUGGGAUGUCGUCAACUGGAAGGCCGCGGAGAAGCGCUUCAAGUAA